CUCUGUUAUAAAAAAAUGUUUGAAAGCUUAAAGCAAACAUUCUUUCGCUUCUUAACAUUUGAGAAUCAUCUUAGCAUCAAUAAACGCUUGAUAUUUUCUUGGCUGUUGAUGUUUCCUGGUUGAGCACCAAACACGAAGACAUAUAAAUAAUUUUCGAAUUUUAAUCAAGUUUGAUAUUUCGAUUUGAAUUUAAAUGUGAACAGCUUCAACAGCAGACUGGCAUUCUCUGCUUUUUUCGUUCAAAUUGGAAUAAGUGCCGUGCUUUAAAAUCUUACAGUUAGAAUAAUAUGUCUCUUAAUUUACCUACAGUGUAUGUACAUAAUUUAGGAAAACUGUGUUUCAGACAAUCUCUGCUAAAACAGAAAGAAGCUGUCAAAACUAUUAUGCAAAAACUAUCUUUGAAACAAAUAGAAAAAUUGCCUAAUUUCUUAUUUUUGGUUGAACAUAGUCCUGUUUAUACUGUCGGCAUUCGUAAUCAACAAUAUGUUACUGAUAGCGAAAAAUUAAAAAGUCACGGAGCUGAUUUUGUUGUUACUGAUCGAGGAGGAUUGAUUACAUUUCAUGGACCAGGGCAACUUGUAUCAUAUCCAGUACUUUAUUUAGGAAGUUUUAACUCGAAAAAAAGUGUUAGGUGGUAUGUUAGGCAGUUAGAAAAUACUUUAGUAGAAACUUGCACAUAUUUCAAUAUUAAAGCUGGAACUUCCAAAGAUGUUGGUGUAUGGGUGGAAAAUCGGAAAAUUGCAGCCUUAGGUAUCCAUGCCUCCCGUUAUGUGACAUCCCAUGGUGUUUCUCUGAAUUGUAACAUAGAUUUAAACUGGUUUUCUCACAUUGUGCCAUGUGGACUUGAAAAUAAAGAAGUCACAUCUUUGUCUAAGGAAACUAAAUGUGAAGUAACUGUUAAAGAAACUAUACCGCAUUUUUUGAAUGCUUUUCAAAAAUAUUUCCCUUGCAAUUUUAAAUUUGAAAAUAAUUUAUAGCGUUUGUUAAAUUAUUCAAAUAAUAAUUAUAGUUAAUAGUUAUAAGCUUAGCUAGUUAAAAUAAAUGGAUAUUUUU